AUGAUGGCGUUAAAGCAGCUAGCUAUAGAUGAGAGACCUCGGUUUCCACGGGCUCCGGAAAUUACAGAGGAAGCAUUUUAUACAGAUGACUUAAUAUGUCGCCCAUUCUAUAGAAGAAGGAUGCAGCAUGGUAACGGAGUUACAGGAUCUGUUGCAGGCAUUACAUUAAGAAAAUGGGCUUCCAACGAACCAAAUAUAUUGAAAAAGCUUACGUUUAAAGGGGAUCUUAUUUCAAAAACAUUAGGGGUAUACUGGAACCCGAAAGAAGAAUGCUUUAUGUUUCAAAUUGAAACUUUCAAUCGUCAUUUGACUUCUCGAAUAAGACGACCAAAAGAGCGCCUUUGUAAGAUAUAUCGAGGCUAUUUGAUCCACUGA